UGUGCGGUUUCUUUCCGGACGACAAUACAGGAAGGACCGGCUCAAAUUUAUGGAGUUUCGAAGAAGAACAGGACUGUUAUGAGAGUUUCUCUCCGAGGCUUUUUGAACAAAAUGGGAAACUUGAGAUGCUGUCUGAGCCCAGCGGUGGUCCUGCUGGUGUUCGUGUUGGGUCCGGUGUGCGGUGAUAUAACGGACGGAAACACGGAGCACCUGAAGAGAGAGCACUCGUUAAUGAAGCCUUACCAAGGCGUCGGCAGCAGCCCUUCCAGUCAGUGGGACUUCUGGGGAAGCACUUUGGUGACGAGCUCAUACGUCCGACUCACUCCAGAUGAGAGAAGCAAGCAGGGAUCCAUCUGGAAUACAGUGCCUUGUUACCUGAAGGACUGGGAGAUGCACGUGCAGUUCAAAAUUCACGGGUCAGGAAAGAAGAAUCUCCAUGGCGACGGCAUCGCUAUCUGGUACACAAAGGACAGACUGCAUCCAGGCCCUGUGUUUGGAAACCAAGAUCAGUUUCUUGGCCUGGCUUUGUUUUUGGAUACCUUCCGCAAUGACCUCCAUGGAAUGGAUCGUUCUUUCCCGUACAUUUCGGCCAUGGUGAACAACGGCUCGGUGAGUUACGAUCACGGCAAAGACGGCCGAUCGUCCGAGCUGGGAGGCUGCUCGGCAGAGAUCCGGAACAGAGAGCACGACACGUACCUCGCCAUCCGCUACUCCAAAGGAAGACUGACUGUGAUGGUUGACGUGGAAGACAAGAACGAGUGGAAGGAAUGCAUCGAUAUCGGAGGCGUCCGUCUUCCUACUGGAUAUUUCUUUGGUGCCUCGGCGGCUACAGGAGAUCUGUCCGAUAACCAUGACAUCAUCUCCAUGAAGCUCUACCAGUUGAUGGUGGAACACACCCCCGAGGAGGAGAACCUGGACUGGACCAAGAUCGAGCCCAGCGUCAGCCUCCUCAAGUCUCCAAAAGACAACAUCGACGAUCCCACCGGAAACUUCCGCGGCACGCCCCUCACCGGCUGGAAGGUCUUCCUGCUUCUGCUGUGCGCUCUGUUGGGAAUCGUGGUGUGCGCCGUGGUGGGAGCUGUAGUUUUCCAGAAGAGACAGGAGAGGAACAAGAGGUUUUACUGAGCGGAGAAAAGAGAGAGAGAGAGAGAGAGAAGAACCUUUUAUGAGAGAGAGAGAGAGAUGUUUGUCGUGGAAUGAACUUGUUUCCAGAUGACAGAUUCAGCACAUUCAAUGUGAAUUUUUUUUCUAAAGAUUGUACAGAUGUUUAUAUCUUUUGAAGCACUGCAUUGGGAGUGAAAUAUGGUUACUUGUGAUUUUUUUGGUAAGAAGGCGCAAAACUAAUGGCGACCGUCAUGAGUGUCCCUGAUCAAUGCCGGGUUGGUUUUUUUUCUCCUUGUCUUUGUGUUCAUUCAUCGCAGGGUUAAAACUGACAAACUGUCAAUUUUUUUGUCAAACUUUGAGUUUUUCAGUUUCCCCUAAAGACUGUUCCCACAUGAUUGUUGCUUAAUCAGCUUUUUUCCUGCCACAGAUUGUGAACUUUGGCGCCAAAUGGUGUUUUUCUUUUUUGUAUUUCAGGGUAUUUUUACAUGAUUAUUGAUUGGAAGAAGCAAAGCGGCUCCACGUUAUAGCAUCAGUGGCUGAUGUUGCCAGAAUAUCCACGUUUAAUAUCAACAUUUUGGUUUUUGUGGCGACACCACCGAAAUUAAAUGAAACGUGUUACUGCUUCUCUCUCUUUAGAAAUGCUGGUUUCUUUUUUUUCUUUUUAGCUAUUUCACAAUGAUUUUAUAUCGCUUGAAAUUGUGUUACAACAUGUUCUCCAACAUAUAUUUGAGAAAGAACUGGAUGAUUAUUGUGGGUUAGAAAAAAAUCUACAUUUUAGGAUAGGUUUUUUUUUUUUUU